CAGUAUACAUAAGACGCAGGAGAGGUAGGAAGCUUUUGCUUCCCUUCCUUCCCUCCUUUUCCCUAGCAGAGCUCAUUUCGUGUAUAAACCCCAUCUUUCUCUCAACCUCUCUCUGACAACUGAAGCUGGUCUUCAGUCGGCCAAGACAAGCCGCAUCUCAGUCCUCAACAGCAACCAUCAGCUUCACUUCUACGCCCAUCAGCAAUCUUCUCUGAGUCCCCCGCACAUUCUGUGAGGAAACCGCCACCGAUUCACUGACUUUGUAUCACCAUCAUGCAAGCCAGACUCAGCCUUCUGCUUCUGGUCCUCACAAUCGGCAAUGCGCUGGCCGCUCCUGCCGCUGUUCCUCGACCUUAUGGGCAAGAGCAAACCGGCGAUCUCAGGUCACCCCGCGCCGAACUUGCGGCGUCGAUUGCGGCUCUUCAAAGUGCCCCGCAAACAGGUGAUUCCAUGCUCGGCAUGGCGCAUGCACUGGCCAAGCGAGUCAUAGGAGCAACGCAGGGAACUUAUCUCAACCCAGUUGAGGAUUUGCCCUCUAGAGAAGACGACGUCCCUAAGCAUCUAAGUGCCGGGUAUGUCAAGAGGGGUGAAUGGAGGCAGGGCAGUAGCACAGACUCUCACACGGUGCAGAGUCCGGACGAUUCUGCAUCCGAGGAUGAUGCUCUAUUGCUUGGACGUACGCCACGCAAAUUUGGCAAGCGGCUGGGUAUAGCCCUUGGAGGUGGAGCUUUUGGGGCUAUGAUGGCUCAACUGGGCCAAGCUCUGAUCAUCGGUGUGGACCCACAGCCUUUGAAGGGAAAACGUAGUCUGCACGACGUUCGAGGUUGGGACGAUAAGGAAAACGAUUUGGUACAGGAGAAGCGGGCACCGCCGCCGACGGCCUUCUUUGACGCGCUAGCGAGGAAACUAAUCGAGAAGUUCUUCACGUCUGGUGGAGGAGGCGUGAUCUACCAGCCGCUGCGAUACAAGUUCCGACAGAUCUUUGGGAAAUCCCAGCAUGGACACACUUGAGCUUCUCGAGAGCGUCCCUGAGCUGGUAUCGUUCUGGACUUUGCCUGAGACUUAGUGUGAGCUGGCCAGACGGACUCAUUGGCUCCGCCCUGCCUGGUCGUGAUCCGGAAGGAGAUGUAGAAUGAUACGAUGGAACUGAAAGGUCGCCGAAGCGUUCGCCGAGCUUGCUUGUUCUGGGUGGCAUGUCACUCGAUGAAUCCAUCAAGCACUGGAAGCUCGAAGGGGUCAUUCAGCGGCGACUGUCACCCGCGACCGUCCCUUCCGCCAGGUCUUUUCAGCCUCAGGCCAUCCUGUCCAGAGAUC